GUCGCUUCACAAACCUUCACUGAUGUAAAUACAGUGCGCGACUGUUGAUGUGAUGAUGUCUUCACCAACAGUUUGACACCACACAGAGCUAAAGACUGCGGAAGAGAAGACAGAAAAACAAUCGCUAGUUAUCAGGUGAGGCAGCAUGGAGGAGGAUUUGUCAGAGGCUCUGAAUUCUGUCAGGUUGGACCAGAAGGGCAGCGAGUUGGACUCUUUUGGGCUGUACGUAGUCACAUGGAACGUGGCUACAGCUGAACCUCCCGAUGAUGUUUACUCGCUACUUCAGCUCAGCUCUCCGAAGAAACCUGACCUCUAUGUGAUCGGUCUGCAGGAGGUGCGGGCGGCCCCUCUGAAGUUUGUUUCAGACUUGGCGUUUGAUGACUCCUGGAGUCACCUUUUUAUGAACACGCUGGCUCCUUUGGGUUAUAUAAAGGUUUCCUCCAUACGGAUGCAGGGUCUUCUGUUGCUUUUCUUUUCAAAGUUGCACCACGUUCCCUUCAUCAGAGACAUUCAGACCACAUACACCCGCACAGGCCUCUAUGGUUACUGGGGUAACAAAGGGGGCGUGUCCAUCCGUCUGUCCUUGUAUGGUCACAUGCUCUGUUUCCUGAACUGUCACCUGACCCCCCACUUGAACUACGCCUCUCAGAGGGUGGAUGAGUUUCAACGUAUUUUGGAUACUCAGACCUUUGAUGCCCAAAACCCAUCAUGCAUUCUGGACCACAAGGUGGUCUUCUGCUUUGGGGAUUUGAACUUUCGUAUUGAUGAUCAUGGUAUGCACUUUAUUCGCAACUGCAUCACCAGCCAGCGUUACAAUUUGCUGUGGUCUAAAGAUCAGCUCACCAUGAUGAAAGAGAAAGAAACCGUUUUGCAGAAGUUUGAAGAGGGACGUCUCGACUUUCAACCCACAUAUAAAUUCGAUUUAAACUCUAAUAACUACGACACAAGGGUACAGAAGACAUGGUUUGGUCUUAAUGCUAAAAAACGAAAGCCUGCCUGGUGUGAUCGAAUUCUCUGGAGAAUCAAACCCAAAUCCUCACGUGAUGAUGAAACGAUGCAGAAGAAAAAUCCGGUGGAGGAACAAGAAGACGAGCCUCCUCUUAAAAUAACCCAGGAGUAUUACAUCAAUAAAAUGGAGUACAGCAUUAGUGACCACAAGCCUGUUGUCGGCAUGUUUCGCUUAGAGUUGAAGAAAAUAUACGAGAUGCCGUUGGUACAACUGUGUGCUGAAGGAGAGUGGUGCGCAGAUUUUGAUGCCAUGAUAACCUACAGCCUUCUUCAGCCAUUUACAUCCAGUGCCUGGGACUGGAUUGGUUUAUAUGAGGUUGGUUUCAAAAGUUUUUCGGACUAUAUUACUUACACCUGGGUGAAGGAUGACCAGGUGGCUUCGAACGAUGAGCUCUUUCAGGUUUAUGUGAGCAAAGAUGACCUUCCAGUUCGGGGAGGGGAAUGUGUGCUAUGCUAUUACAGCAGCAAGCUGCAGUGCAUUGUGGGUAUCAGCCAACCUUUCAAGGUGCAUGGAUCCACAGCGGCAGUUGAAGAGGGUUGUUUGCCUGAAAACAUUGAUGGACUUGAUCAGGCAGUCGGGUGUUAAGAUCAGAUUCUUAAUGCAUUGUUUCAUACACUGUCCACCUUUAAAAACAUCUGAACGUCAGAUGUCAAACCAAACAUACCUGUGAAUUCAAGCAAGUGCAAUUUUAAUUCAAAAUGUAAUUGCUGUUUUAUUGGUAUGUGAUACAGUGUCUAUACUGUAUAUAUAUUUUUAAAUUGCAGCCAGUUUUGGGAUCUUAUCACAUGUAGAAUGUAAUAUUUUGAAUAAGCACGUCAAUUUUUACUUCACCUAAAAUUCUUUUUAAAACAAAGUGGUUGUAAUAAAUGAAGAAAAUUUUGCCACUAGUGUAUCAUAAUACUUGACUGAUGCAGUACAAAUAAUAUGACCACAUUUACCAGAAUACAUCAAAACUAUAAUGUUCAGUCAGUGUUAGCGCUGAUGUUCUCCUUGUUUUAUAAUUUCUUUACAUUUCAUGCAAACUGUUACACUGGAAAUGCAGCAUUCCAUUUAACUACUUUUGUGACACAUUUAAUUGGUUUGGAUUUGUUUAUAAUUGUAGAUCAUACUGAUGGCGUAUCGUAAUAUUGUUUGUGUUUUACUAAAACUGUAUAACUGAAGAAUGUGUUAAAAUGUUAUUAAAUUAUAUUUUUCCAAUGUGCACAAAAACAUUAUUAAACAUAGACUGUCCUAAAGUAUUUACUGAACUAAAUAUGUCCUCUAUUAUCAGAAGAAUAAUGUUUUAAUGUUUUAUUGAUCAUUGCUAUGAAUAGAAAAAAUAUAUUGCAUAAAAAGUAAAAUACUGUAAGAAUUAAUUUUUUCUGUAAACUAGUGGCUUU